AUGUCGCAGCAGCAGCAAUCAAACCCCCACAACCAUCCAAACGAACCCGAGCCCUCACACCAAAGCACAUCCCUCCUCCGCGCUACAUCGUCUCCCACCGCCACUGCAAUGCUACGCUCCACCGCAUCACCGGCAACGCGUGACUUUUCCACCAUGUGUAGUAAGGCUGUGAAAAGAAAAACCGCAUGCCAUGGACCUGGGUAUAGGACGAGGACUAGGAAUGGGUAUGGGAAUGGGAAACGGUGUUGUAUUAGCGGUGCGGGGAUACUAGUUCACGAUGAUGACGGUAAUGAUUGGGAUGGCGAUGAUGAAGGUGAAAAUGGAGAUGAAGAUGAAGAUGAGGAGGAUGUGGUGCGGAGUGGAUGUUAUGCCGAUGCUGACCCUAACACUGACGCUGGUGCAAAGGUCAAUUGGUACCGCGAUAAUGAUAUACAGGCUGGAAGCGGCGCGCACAGGAAAAUGCAGAGUCGGCGAUAUAAUAUCCCGUGUACGUAUUCCGAUGCAGAUGCACAUGGAGAUGGAGAUGGUCAUGGGUUGAAUUCGGGUAAGGGUGCGGAACGUGAAGAAGAGAGUGGGAGUGCGAGUGAGGAAGAUAUAGAAGAAGAAGAAGAAGAAGAUGAUGAUGAUGAUGAUGAAGACACAGAUAGCGAAGGCGAUGAAUUCCAAGCUGUGUAUCUGGCUAUUAGCAGGAGGGCAUAA